AUGUCAAAGAAGUCCACGAAAUAUUCUGGCAAAGAUCCAAUUGAAACUCCAGUCGCCAAAUCAUCGCAAGAUUUCAAGAGCUCUGAAUUCGUUGGAGAAAGCGACAAUGAUAAUGAUGAGCCAAUGGGAAAUAAUUCAGAUUCCGAUAGUGACAAUGACUCCCUGCCAUCGAAUCCCGCUAAAUCCACACCUAAAUCCAAGUCCAAAUCCAAUGGCAAGGCCGCAGAAAGUAGCGACAGUUCCGAGGCUGAAAGCGAAGAAGAGAGUGAAAGUGGAAGUGGAAGUGAUAAAGAGAAUGAGCAGAAAUCCGAAAGUGAAAAUGAAUCGAAUGCAGAUGGAAAAAAGACUGCUGUAGCGCCGCCGUCCAAAAAGGAUGCCAAAACCGUGUCGAUGAAAGUUGCGCCCUUCAAGCCUCCUCCUGGAUUCGAGAAGACUUCAUCGAAGAACUCGAGCAUUACAUCACAAUUAUUUAAUAAAUCUAAUUUAGAGGGCAAGGAAAUUUGGUAUAUCACAGCACCUGCGUCAGUGCCUAUAAACUCUGUGAAGGAAAUUUCGCUACAAGAUGCGAAAUUGGGUAAGGCAGUAUUUUCACACGACGGAAAUGAUUAUGGUCUCGUUCAAGAUCCGCUCGAUGAUAAGACAUACACCAAGAUCUUGUUACCAAGCAAUUCCAAAGAUGGUUACUCUAUUGAAAGAAAGCCUGUGGAUCAAAUAUAUCAUAUGCAACAAGUCGUCAACAUUUCAAAGGAGAAUUCCAGCCAAGCUACAGUGCCCGCAAAGAGACCUGUCCGCCAACAGCCUAAAGGUCUUAAAGCGCGAUUCCAGCCAAUUGGAUUUGCAAGCGCACCUGGUGUUAUUGGAUCCGACGAAGAUGAAAGUGACUCGGAAGAACGUGCUCCCAAGUUCCAAAAAAUCGCAAUGUCGGAAGACGGGGCAUCGGACGUAGAGAUGGAAGAUGCACCACCAUCCUCAAACCCAGCGAAGAAAUCAAAGUCUGAUAAGUCGAAGAAGAGCCAGAAGGACUCACAAGAGAGUGCGGAUCGCUCAUCGAAAAAGAAGCAGAAGGAUACUGGAGACAAGAAGAAAAAGCAAAAGAGUUCGUUCACAUCAGCCUCCCCAGAAAUACAGGAACUGAAAAUUUUGAAGAAGCAGACAGCAACUGAGCUCGCGGAUCAGUCCAUGCCAUUACGACUACGGGCCACGUCGCGUUCAGAUUUGGCUCCUGAAAAACCAACUGAUACUAGUCCUUCCCAACCUUCCAUAGUCCUAUCAAGCAAGGCGUCCUCUAAUUUAAACACAACACUCCCACAAGCUCAACCUACAACCUUCGAUCCAACCACGAAAGACCUAUCCUCAAACGAGGAGAGUACGAAGAAGAAAGCUAUAAGAGCACCCGUCAGUAAAGAUUCAAAUAUGGCAACCACUAAGGAUGAAGCAAGACGGGAGAAAAAAGCGUACAAGGAGGCGAAGAAGAGACGAUUGGAGUCUCGGACUGAUAAUUUUUGA